AAAGGCAGUGUAUACUUCUAAAAUAUCAUACUUGCUAGGCUAUAGGAUAGAGUUAGGUGGCCCCGAGAAAAAAGAAAAUUUUCAUACAACAAAUCUUAUAACGCAAGGACGAAGACUUGUUGAAAGUCAGAGAGACGAAUCGUUGAAAAACUUUGACGCUGAAAUUGUUGAAGUUUUCCGGUAGUUUUUGCCGUGAAAAAGGGCUGCAGGCAAAGGUAGCAAUUUGUGUCAGAAAAGCGGUGAACAAAAAGAGGAAAUGAAUUUUGAGAGCGGGGAAGAAGCGUCGGGUAGCACAAGUCAUUCACAAAUCGCUGCCGAGAAAGUUUCGGAAAGCGAAGUGAAAAAUGAUGGAGCGACUCUGGGGUUGUCGUUGAUUAAAUUCAUGACGCUCGCGACGGGAAGUGUUAAAACCGCUUUGCAGAAACCUGCAAACUACAAGAAGAACAUCAACCACAGACGAUAUCUACAAAAACAGCUGAAAAUUUGCCCGAGACGCAAGAAACGGAGUGGAACGAAGGCAAAGACUGGACCGAAGGUGAAAACAGGAGCGAGCAAGCAGGCGCUUGGAACAGCAACGCAAGGCUGGUAUCGACAAACAAACUGCCAUGGCGGAUUAUACAUGAACACGAAUCCAAAUCAAGGUUUUGCAACUAAUAACAAUAUAUAUUUACCUCGCGAAGCUUCUGGAAGUGAGGUAGGCUUAGGAAACGCAGAGUAUCACUCUCAGGAAGCAUUCGCAAAUAGCACAAACUUUCAAAACGGGUUCAUAUGGAAUCAGCAACAGACUGACUGUUUUGCAACUCAGCAAAUUCAUAGCACGUCAUCUUAUAGAGAUGACACAAUGCCUUUUAUGUUGUACGAAGAAACGGAACAAUUUCUGACAGGAGAAGAACUGACUCAUGCUUUGGAUAUAAACGAUUUGUUUGUUCCCGAAAGAUCGCAAGAGAAUAACGAGGAUGUUUUCAAGUAUUCGUCUUGCACUUUAGAUGAAAAUAUGUACAAUAUUUUUCAGACUGUUCCUUCGACCACAAGUAUUCUUAGUUGGUAAAAUAGUAUUGUUAAGUAUGUAAUAAUAAGAAUAUAUAA